AUGAUGGAAAGUAACAAAACACUAAACUGGGAAUUUUAUCUUCAAGGAUUUCAAGGCGUUCAUAAUGGUAGAAUGAUCAUUUUCCUUUUCUUCCUGGUGAUGUAUCUUUUAGCAUUGGCAGGAAAUACAUUGAUUAUUGCCAUUGUAGUUACCAGUCACAUCCUUCACUCUCCAAUGUAUAUCUUCAUUUGUAACCUGUCAUUUGUUGAGAUCAUAUUUACUUCUAACAUUUUCCCAAACCUGCUUAGUGCCGUUUUGACCGAAGAUGGAACGAUAUCUGUGGAAGGAUGUUUCAUUCAGAUAUUCCUGUUUGGAUGCCUCUCUGUAACAGAAUGCCUUCUUCUCACUAUAAUGUCCUUCGACCGUUACCUAGCUAUCUGCAUCCCACUCCAAUACUACACAAUUAUGGACUUCAAGCUCUGCACAAAACUCUUCACAGGAGCGUGGGCUGGUGGAUUUAUAUUAUCCAUGGCAUCCAGCACCCUUGUAAUUAUGCUAACCUUCUGCGGCCCAUAUAUUAUUGACCAUUAUUUUUGUGAUUUCCUUCUAGUUUUAAAAUUAUCUUGUUUCGAUACUACAGUGGUUGACCUUGAAACAAAAACAUUCUCUGUGGUGGUCGUAGUGCCAUCUUUGAUUUUCGUUUGUUUCACUUAUUUUUCUAUUAUCAAAACCAUUAACAAAAUUCCCUCAAGUACGGGCAAACAGAAAGCCAUAUCUACAUGCAGUUCUCACCUAACAGUGGUGUCUAUGUAUUAUGGGUCACUCAUUGCAAUAUAUGUUGCCCCAAAACAAGAACACUUUUACAACAUGAACAAAACACUUUCUUUACUCUACACUGUAGUGACACCAAUAUCAAACCCAAUCAUAUACAGCCUAAGGAAUCAAGAAAUGAAAAAUUCCUUUGCCAAAAUAAUCAGACAGCUAUUCUCCAAUGAACAGAAUAAGGUUGUCUAA